UUUCAGUGACCAACAAACCUUCAGCUGCUGACAAACAGAAACCCGUGGAUGUGGUUCAGGAGGAGCCACAAGGCAACGAUGAUGAUGAUGCAGAAGAUGAAGAGCUGUGCUCCACCUCAGCUGUCUUAGAGAAAAUUCCAGAGAAUGUAAACCAGGAAUUCUUGGAGAUGCUUGUAGAGAAUGUUUUAAAAGACCGUAGCUCUACCACUGCCCCUAAUUUCACUUUGGAUUUCCUUCCUGACGGCUCCAAGGGUGUCGUGACAUUCCAGAAUGGAAAAGAUAACUCUGACUUUGUAGCAAAGUGUCCUAAAAACAGGAUGUUCACCAAGAUGAAACUAUCAGUUCGACCUCUUGAAGUCACAGAACAAGUUGUAGUUGAAGGCAUUUCAAACUGCAGUGUUGACAUAAUUGAGCUUCACUUUGAGAACGAAGGAGGGGAAGUGGAAGAUGUCGAACUUAUUGAAGCCGAACAGUCUGCCAUCGUCACCUUUAAGAACCAUAAAGAUGCUAGAAAAGUCCUAAACAAGAAGCAUCAGAUAAAAAAGGAAGAAGUCAAAGUCUAUCCGUUUUACAAGUCUUUGGGAGCAGCUCUUUAUGGCAAGGAUAAGCCUUCACUAAAACUUCCUGCUGCCAUCUCAGAUUCCAUUGAUGAAGCUGUCCUUAGAUAUCUGUGUAACAACAAAGCUGCUGCGGAGACUGUUCGUUGUGACUUGGCUAAACAUUUCUGCGUCAUGACCCUUAACCAGUCAAACAUGCGCCUGAACCCUGCACCUUCGUUACUAAAGGAAAAUAAUGCCAAAGCCAUCAUCAAAGAGUGGGAAAACACUGUGAAGUCAGCCUUUGCACAAGCUGUGUCUAAGUUCAAAGCCUUAAAGUUCUCUCUUGAGUCGGAGGUAUGGAAAGAGGUAGAGGAGAAGAUCAAGCAGACACUUCAUAAUGAAAACGUGGUUGUAGUACCCAAUAAAGCCAAUGGUGUCUUAUCAGUGGCGGGUCUUGUGACAGAUGUUAACAGAUUGGAGAAACCUCUGACAGAAGUCCUUAACAAAGUUCAAGAAAAGGUGCGAAGGGAGAAGUUAAGCAAAAGCCAAGAAAUCAAAGUUUCUCCAUCACUUCUCCACCUUCUUUCCCAAGAUGGUCUUCAGAAUAAACUUUUACAAAUGUACCCGGAGCUGAAAGUGGCCUAUGACAAACAGAACGGGRCUGUGAAAGUAACUGGCUUUGUGGAUGAGAUAAUUAAUGCAAACAAAGUGAUAAAUGAGGCCAUGUUUGCAUUAAAACGGCAAAAUUUAGAAGUAGACACGCAUUUGUUUGACAUGUUGAAGAACGAGCAACAAGAGGAGCUCACAGAUGCUCUUUUCACAGCCUAUGCCAUAAAUGCAGCGUUGGAGAUCAGCGCACAUCGGCUGCAGCUCAUUGCCAUUUCUGACCGGGAUCUGUUGGAUGCUCAGGAUCAUCUGAAGCAGCUGCUGAUUUCUCACUACAUUGAUGUUGAAGACAGUGACGUCCUGAAGAUGUCAGAGUGGCAGGACCUUGUCAGUCAGUUGGAAAGUGCCAACAGUGACUCAGGCAGAAAAGCUCGAAUCCACACUACUCCUCAACAGGUCGUGGUGUCUGGCCACAAGGAUAAUGUCGCAAAAGUUAGCGAUGAAUUAGAGGACUUUUUAACACAGAAUGCUCAAGUUGAAGAAAUUGUUAAUGUUCAGGCAGAUCUCAUCGUUGAAUACCUUCAAAGUCAGACAACCUUGUUGAAACAGUUAGAAAGCAGCGUGGAAGUGUCUUACUUAGAGAAGACCAUCAUCCUAAGUGGUUCCAGAGCUGCUGUAAAAAAGUGUAAUAKCGUUGUGGAAGACUGGGUGGGUACUGUGUGCUUUGAUCAUUUUAAAGUUUCAAAACCUGGAGUAAAGAAGUUCUUUAAAGAGAAAGAAGCCAUGUAUGUUCCCUUAAUCAAGAAUGAAACUGGUUGCAUGGUCCAGCUGGUGGAUGAGGAAGAAGAUGACUUUGCAUUUGUACAAGUGCAAAAACCUGUUUACCAAAUUCAGACGACUGAUGGAGUGGAAAUAGCUGUUUUUAAGGCAGAUAUGUGCAGGCACCAUGUGGAUGCUGUCAUCAAUUCUUCUAAUGAGGACCUGAACCUUAAUGGGGGUCUUGGAGGAGCACUUUCAAAAGCUGCUGGCCCUCAGUUGCAGAGUGAAUGCGACAAACUAAUAAAUGUGAAUGGAAAACUGAAACCUGGGGAAUGUGUCAUCACUGGUGCUGGGGGGCAGCUCUGCUGCAAAAAUGUCAUCCAUGCUAUGGGUCCAAGAUUUGAACCCAGUAAGUCCACAAAAGUUGAGUUACAAUUAAAAAAAGCUGUUAAAGGAAGCUUAGAACUCGCUGAAAAGAAUGGUUGUCUUUCUGUGGCUCUUCCUGCCAUCAGUAGAGGCCUAGGCUUCCCCCUCAGUCUGUGUGUGCAGACCAUCGUCAAAGCAGUGAAGGAAUACUGCGACGAGAAGUACGAUGACAUCACACUGAAGAAGAUCCAUCUGGUGGACAAUGAUGAUCAAGUUGUUCAGGUUAUGGAAGGUGCCAUCAAACAAGUGUUUGGAAAUCAGGGUGUUAGUCAUCCUCUAUCAGUUCCUCCUCCUAAAGUCACAAAGUCUCCACAAGUGAAGCUACCUGUACUUCACCACAACUUGGGUUAUGUGCGAACUCCGGAGGGCUUGGAGAUCGUUCUGAAAAAAGGACACAUUGAAUCUGCCAAGACGGAGGUGAUAGUCAACACAGUCUUUGAAGAUCUUGCACUGAAUAGAGGGGCGGUUUCAAAUGCCAUCUUGGCUGCAGCUGGACCCAAGCUUCAGCAACUGGUUUCUAGCCAAAAGUCUAAUGGAACAACUGGUGACAUCAUUGUUACCGACAGCUGCAAGCUGAAGAGCAAGCAAGUAUUCCAUGCAGUUUCACCUAGCUGGGAUAAGGGCCAAGGCACAGCUGAAAAGAUCUUAGGUGGGAUCUUUAAAGAUUGCUUGGACACGGCAGAGAAAAGUCAGUUGGCCUCCAUAUCUUUCCCGGCUAUCGGUACUGGAAACUUGGGAUUUCCAAAAGACCUUGUUGUGUCGGUGAUGCUGGAUAAAAUCCUGGACUUUAGCAGCCAGACACAACMCAAGCACCUAAAGAAGGUUGCAAUUGUUCUUUUCCCCAAAGAUACACARACUAUUCAGGUGUUUAGUGAUGAAUUUAUGAAGAAGUUUCCUAAUGCCUCUGGUAAUUUGACGUCUACAAGCUCCACCCAGAGUACAGGUUCCUUCUCUAAAGUCAUCUCUACUUCUGGAAUGCAUGAAACUAAAAUGGGGAAUGUGACGGUGCAAGUAGUGUCUGGAGACAUAACUAAGGAGACUACUGAUGUCAUCGUCAACUCUUCAAAUGAAAACUUUUCUCUUCAGUCAGGUGUUUCCAAGGCAAUUCUGGAUGCAGCUGGUCGGGCUGUUAUAGAAGAAUGCCAAUUCCUCAGUUCACAGCCCAAUCCAGGCAUGAUAAUGACACAGCCAGGGAACCUGAAGUCCAAGAAGAUCCUCCACCUGGUCGGAAAGACGGACCCGGCAGAAAUCAAUAUUGUUGUGAAGGAAGCUCUUCAAAUGUGUGUGAAGGACAACCACAGCUCCGUCUCUUUUCCUGCCAUUGGUACAGGUCAAGGCAACGUCAAGGCAAAACAGGUGGCAGAUGCCAUGUUGGAUGCAGUGAUUGAUGUGAUGAGCCAAAACACUUCCAGUGCCCUGACUUUAAUCCGAAUAGUCAUUUUCCAGGCACCCAUGCUCAGUGAUUUCCUAAGCAGCAUGCAACAAAGGGAAGCCACAGAUCCUAAAGAUAAAGUGGGAUUAUUUGGCAAAGCAAUGGAAACAUUAAAAUCUCUCUUUUAUUCCAAAAGUCAAGAUGACCCCCAGAAAAAAGAUGAUGUCAUCAUUGAGACAGUCAAACCAAAACCUACUUGUUUCCACAUCUGUGGUGACUCUCCGGCUAAUGUGGACGCAGCUAAAAAGAAGAUAGAUGCCCUAAUUUCUGAUGACCAACAAAGCAUCCCCAUAAUCGAUAAUGACAUUCUAAACUUCUCUAUUGCAGACUGUCAGCAAAUCAUUGACAUCCAGAAAAACCUGGGUGUGAGCAUAAGAACGGAGAACCAAAAUGGCCAGGUCUCCAUCGUCAUUGAGGGUCUCAGUAAGGAUGUGCUCAAAGCUCAAACUGAGAUAAAUAAAAUGCUGAGGAGGGUGAGACAGGAGCAGGAGAUGCAAAAGAAAAUGGAACUGGUGAAUUCAGUGGCAGAUUGGCAGUAUCAGUCACCAGGGCUUCAGUUUCAGAGUUUUGAUCCAAUGACCAACUACCAGCUUGAGCAAGCAUUGGAGAAGGCAAUACAAACUGURCAAGUUAAAAUCAAAGGUCAAGUCUACACUGUGACGAUGCCAAAAGGACCAGCCACUGACAGCAAGGGAAACACCCUGAAGAUAAAGCGAAUUAACAAACUGAAAGAAACUGAUAUUCCUGACCACUGGGAUGACAUCCCAGCUGGCACCACAUGUCUACCUGUCACUUUGCAGGCUGGGACACCAGAGUAUACUGAUGUCGUUAAACUGUUCCAAGCCACAUGCAAUCGAACCAUUACCAAGAUUGAGAGGAUUCAGAAUCCUGCACUGUGGAAGGGUCUUGAGAUCAAAAAGGUAGAGUUGGAGACAAGAAAUGGUCAUCCUAACAAUGAGCAACGCCUAUUCCAUGGCACCUGUGAAAAUACUGUUCCUACCAUCAACGAACGUGGCUUCAACAGGAGUUAUGCGGGAAAGAACGCUGCAUGUUAUGGCAAUGGGUCAUACUUUGCCGUGAAGGCCAGUUACUCUGCCCAGGACACCUACUCCAGGCCCAAUCAAAAUGGAGAGAAGUUCAUGUACCUCUGCCGAGUGCUGACAGGAGACUUCACCCUCGGACAGCAAAACAUGAUCGCGCCGCCAUCCAAGGGGAACAACUCUGUUUUACUGUACGACAGCGUUGUGGACAAUACGUCCAGCCCCAGCAUGUUUGUGAUCUUUCAUGACAUCCAGGCCUAUCCUGAGUAUUUGAUAACAUUCAAGUGAAACACUGUAACAACAAAUCUAUCAGUUCAGUUAGCUUACUUAGUGCCUUGAAAAUGUCUCAGAGAACACUUUACAUUUAAAUCAUGCAAACAAGAUUCAGUUCAUAUAGAAAUUAAAGUAAUGUUAAAACAAAUAGUCAUCUGUGYUCUGAGUAAAACCUGAUCGGUGAGCAGAACUCCUGGCAGGAGUCUGCUUUGUUCCAGUAAAUCCUGUGACAAUAAAUAAUUAAUUAGAAAUCAAAAGUGAAACUACUGCAUCAUUAAAAAUGUUCCUGUUAAACAUACAAGCACAUUGUUUACUUCAACUCUCCUUUGUAACCAUGUCUUUAAAUGCCUUUAAAUAAGUGAUUUUUCUUAUUUUUUGCAUUCUUAUCUUGAAUUAGCACAAUAAGCAUGUUGUAUGAAUGCUAACUGAAGUAUCUCAGUGAUCUUUGAACCUUUGCAAUAAAAGUGAUGUUAUAACUCAGAUCUUAACUCUGUUUUAACUUCAACUUUUCAGCUUUAGCAGAUUUGAAACUUCAGUCACUGUAACGUUUGUCAAGCAGGUGGUGGAAACGG